AAGUAACUACUGUAUCUUCUUCCUGUCUUAAAGUAUAGCACGAGAGAUUCACAGAAUAUUUACGGAUAUGGGACCUAGGAAAACUAAAGAUGAUGGAGAAGAAGUUACUCUAAUGUACUCCAAGCAUGAGAAAAUACAAAUGAAAGAUUUCAGCGCAGAAAUAAGAGCGACCCUGGACAUCGCCCACUUCCUGAACCAGGCAGUGUUGCUACUGGACCUGACAGAGACGAACCUGGAAUGCGUCGUGGAGCUAAUGCUACACAAAAUGCUGGACGCCGAGGAACCGCAGUGUACUGUUGCCGAAGCCAAGUCACUUCUCUUCACAAGUGACUCAGCCUUACAUCUACUGUCACGUACUAUACAGGGAGCAUGCAGCACCGAAGGAGGCACUAAUUUUGAUUAUGACCAGUCUUGGAUAUGUGCUCUUUGUAAUCUGCCAACACUCCAACGCAGACGAGUUGCAAUCACUCGCCUCAAACACCCUGCAAACUUUGGACGUACGAGCUAUGAAGUAAGACUCUUUGUUCUUGUGAUAUGUCCCAGCAAGGAGAAAGGGACCAAGAAUGCUGUGGAAAUGGGAAGGACAUUUUCAACAAUACUGGCAGACAUAAAUUUCAGGCAGAAACUGAUAGAAGCUCAUACUGAAGAGGAGUUCAAACAGCUUAUUCUGAAACAGACUCAUCAGCUUGCAUAUGAGCAAAGCAAAGCUGAGAAAAGAUGUGAUGAUGAUAAUGGUGAUGGACAAGACUAUGAAUACGAAGAAAAACUCUGUCAAUUUGGAAGAGGAAUUCGUGGUGAUAUCUUCCGUCGGCUUCCUCAUUACAUAUCUGAUUAUCGUGAUGGGUUUAUGGAUACUCGUACAAUUCACAAGAUCAUUUCCACAACUAUGUUCCUCUACUUUGCUUGCGUUUUGCCAGCCAUUGCAUUCGGUGUCCUUAAUGAUCAUAAUACAGAAGGAAAAAUUGAUGUGAAGAAGGUGAUUGCUGGUCAAACCAUAGGAGGUAUUUUUUAUGUUGUGUUUAGUGGACAGCCAUUAUUGAUUCUUCUUACUACAGCACCACUUGCAUUGUAUAUAAAGAUUAUUCACAUUAUCUCUGAAGACUUUGACUUAGACUUCUUUGCUGUAUACUGCUGUGUUGGACUGUGGAACAGCUUAUUCUUGGUCAUCUAUGCAUUGUUUGAUGUGUCUCGAAUUAUGCACUGGUCUACAAGAUCAACUGAAGAGAUUUUCGCAUUUUUCAUUUCAAUUGCCUUCUGUGUAGAUGCAUCAGGAGAUACAAUUAAGAGUUUCAAACAGUAUUAUUAUUCACCAGUUUGUAAAGGAAAUAUAUCAUCAGAAAGAUUCAAUAUCUCUGCUUCCACUUUAUCAUUACCUUGCAGUCGAGAAAGUAGCAUUCUCUUUCUACUGCUGAUGCUGGGAACACUGUGGCUAAGUGUCUCUAUCUACAACUUUAACAAAACCCCCUACCUGCAAGCCAGUAAACGAGAAGCUUUGGCUGAUUAUUCUCUUCCUAUGGCUGUCAUCACUGUCAGCUUUAUUGGGUCUUACUUCUUCGGUGAUGUAGAAUUGGAGCGCUUUCAGUACAGUGAGAGGCCUGUGUUCAACAUUUCUCAACUCCAGAAAUUGUCAACCAAAGCUGUACUUGGUUCGGGGAUUCUUGGCUUUGCUUUGUCUGUCCUCUUCUUUAUGGAUCAAAACAUCACUAGUGCCAUGGUUAACAAUCCCUGUAACAAGCUUAAGAAGGGGCCAGCAUAUCAUUUGGAUCUAUUUGUGGUUGCAAUUCUGAAUGCUGCUUUGUCCAUCUUUGGUUUACCGUGGAUGCAUGCUACCUUGCCCCAUUCUCCUCUUCAUGUUCGAGGUCUGGCAGAUGUAGAAGAACGUGUUGAUCAAGGACAUGUAUAUGAAAUAAUUGUGAAAGUGAGAGAGACACGAUUGACUGGGCUAUUUUCACACAUCCUCAUUGGUCUGUCCAUGUUCUUACUUCCAUACCCUUUGGCUUACAUACCAACUGCUGUUCUGGAUGGUUUGUUCCUUUACAUGGCAGUUACAGCCCUCAAUGGUAACCAGAUGUUCGAAAGAAUAACUCUUCUCUUUAUGGAACAGGCUGCUUACCCUCCAAAUCAUUACAUUCGCAGAGUACCACAAAGAAAAAUACAUGCAUUUACAGCAUUCCAAGUAUUUCAGUUGAUUGUGAUGUGUGUGUUUGGUUAUGCUCCAGUGGUGUAUCUCAAGAUGAUUUUCCCGUUCAUCAUACUAUUCCUAUUACCAGUAAGCCUUGGAACUGAAAAUGUAGAAGACUCCAGGCAUCGCCUGGUACCAAUGUUCAUUGAAGACAGAUAUCUGGAAGCUCUGGAUGGAGAACAUCAAUAAUUCACAACUUACACUGAAACAUUUAUUCAUACAAUAUUGAAGAAAAUCUUGUUUUCUGUAUUCAUUUUUUCAGGGGUUUAAAUUUUUCAUUGUCUUGAAUUUAAUUCAUAUAUUUCUAUAGAUUUCUGAUGUUACACACCUCAGAUACAAAUAAUAUAUUUCAUUGUGUAUGACCUCAAGAAAUAUGCAAGUAAUCAGCAAAAAUGUCAUGAAACAUAAUACAUGUUUACAUUUGAGGUUCUCAUAGUGGUUGGUAUGGAGAGUUAUAUAUCUUGGGAUAAAUGUUGUGCAGUCCGGUGAAAGUCAACUGAUAUUUCAGAGGAAUAUAUCACCUCCAUUUUCAAGGUCGAAAAAUAAGUCAAACAAGAGACUAAUAUGAAGCAAGCAGAACUCUGUUGUUUCAUUUCUGGAGAAAAUCAUGAAAAUCACGGCAGUAGUUUGCAGUAUCCUGACCGAGAUUUGAACCAGGCACUUCCAGAGUAUAGAAGUGAUAUUGUUUGAUGAUAGGUUAUUCUUUGUCUUUUAUACAGCAGCUGAAUAGAACAUAAAUACAUACAUACAUACUCAUUCUAUAUCCAGUGGUUUGUGAAUAUACUUCUCAACCUGUAUCUGCCUCUGCUUGAGUUUGAAAUAAAUGAACAUGAACAUACAUAUAUUUCACAUUUCACAAGUCUAGUGUCUAGUGUAGCCUGAUCACUCAGUGCUAUAUUUUUUAUAACAGUGUGACCUAUGGUUCAGGUCAAGUGAAGGAGCCUGCACUGGCUGUGUACUUCACGUGAAACACAUUUUUGACUUCACAAGAAGCAUAUAAACCAGAGUGGCAUACAUUCACCACAAAAUAAUAUGUGUUAGUAAAUUAACAUUUUUCACUUCACUGUAAUUAUGUUGACAGAUCAUCAGUAACAAUAAUCACAGAAUGAAGCUUAAUUACCUGCUAAUGCAGUAAACAAGAGAAUAUUGCUUCUUGUGGUGCAUGUGGCUGAGUGAAUAAGUUCCUAAGUGGAGAGUGUACAGAAAGACAUGAAACUGUAGUGUGCAAAACCAUGUAAAAAUUCAUAAUGGUAGAAAAUAAUGCAGUCAGUUUUGUUAAUUCCGGAUUCCUGUUAUUAAUGAUGAAAUGAAAGUAAUGGUAGUACACAGCAUAUUUAAAUGGUUUUCUCAGAAUGAAAAAAAUUAUAAAGAGUUCCUUUCUGCAUUGACCUAUUCUAGAAGUGAUGCAAAAAAGGGGGGUAGCAAAAUUUUCUUACUAUAAGCCCAUGAUUAUAAGAACAUCUAUCAAAACAGUUUUCAUCAACAUAUAUUAUUGCCAUAUAGUCUUACACCAAUUAUGAAUAUAUCCACUCUCUGAAACCCACAGACAUUUCUAGACACAUCAAAAGACUGGCAUGGUACAUAACCAUUCUGUUAUCAUAUAAAGACCUGUUUUAUAAAUGAUGGCAUAUGUUUCUCAAAAUCAGCAUGAAAACUAAUAAAAUGUCUGAAAAGGGUACCUGUACUUACACAGGAGCACAAAAUUAUGUACUUAGACAUGAUGGUUUAAAAAUUGCCUAUGUAGAUAAAUGGACUCAUUUGAGUUUUUUUUAAGACAGUAGCACAAGAAAUGUAUCAGGUACAAACCAUAUUAUGACUCACUGCAGAACUGAAUUCUUAAAUUCAGAAAACCCUGGCAGAAAAUGAGGGCAAACAAAAUUAGAUGCCAUACACUGAAGGUUCUCGAAAGCUUUGAUAAGAACUCUACAAGUUUCAAGAAAUAUCAGGAUGAUAAAUUCCUUUGAAACUAAAAAUUCUGACAACUGGUAUAGGAAUUUCCAUUCACAGGAAGUGUAAUGUUCAGCCAUCUUCACUCUCACAGGGAUAGGUCCCCAAUUUUUAUUGCUUUCAUAAUUUUGGCUCCAGUCAAGUUAAUCAGGGUUCAAAAUCACUUCACUCCAUUCUUGUAAAGAUCCUAAAAUAUCCAGCAUUCUCUUCAAACUUAUAUCACAUGAAAUAUUUAAGACUAUCCUUCCAACUGCUGCAAACAUGGUAAUGAAAGCCCUACCUGGAAUAUUUCCUAAUAUUUUAAUGCUUUUCCCAUCACUUAUAAGCAUGGACUACUGCAUGAAUUUAUUGAAGAGUGGGAAAUGAAAUGGAAAAUUAUAUUUGUCAAGAUAUUAAUGUGAAUAGCCUCAGAUGCUCGUGUAUGUUUGCCCAGUUUCCACUUGCACUUGAUUAUAUCUGCAAACAGCUCUGGUAUGAUGUAGCAAUUCCAUAUUCCCUAUUUAUUUACCAUAUUUUCCUGCCUUCAUCAUUAUACUUCUAGCAGAUAUACUUUCCUUCUGAAUGAUACUGUAUGGUGAUUUUCCUCUAGUAAUUUAAUUUCUUGUGUUUUAAGUUUAAAGCUUGUGAACAGGUAUAAAGUCAUAAGUUUACCUGGAUGAUUU